AGGUUGACUCUAGGACUCCACUGAAACCGAGAGAACUGAGUGACCCUAAGUCCUGGGAGACAGCAGCACCUGUGUCUGCAUUGGGACAUUCUUGUUUACAGGUCAGAGAACUUUGUUUCCAGGAAGAUUCAAGAAACAGCUCCAGUUCAGGUCUCACAGGUAUGGAUCUUUGGCGGGUGCUCUUAACCUUGGCACUGGCGGUCUCCAGCAACACGUUUUCUGGAAGCUGGGUUACACCAGUUACUCUUGGCAGAGCUUCUCCAAUUCUGCAAAGAAUUAUUCCAGACCUGGGGACAAGGUCUCCUGGGCAGCCUCAAUUCACCAAGUGCCGUUCACCGGAACUGGAGACAUUUUCAUGCUACUGGACAGUAGGAGACUAUCAAGACUUAAAGAUCCCGGGAUCGGUCCAGGUGUUCUAUGCUAGAAGAAUCGCUCAUGAAUGGACCCAGGAAUGGAAAGAAUGCCCUGACUAUGUCACUGCUGGAGAAAAUAGCUGUUACUUCAACUCAUCGUACACCUCCAUCUGGAUACCCUACUGCAUCAAGCUAACUACAAAUGGCGAUUUGUUGGACCAAAAGUGUUUCACUGUUGAUGAAAUAGUGCAACCCGAUCCACCCAUUGGCCUCAACUGGACUUUACUGAACAUCAGUUUGACCGGGAUUCAUGGAGACGUCCAAGUGAGAUGGCAGCCACCACCCAGCGCAGACAUCCGGAAGGGCUGGAUAGCUCUGGAGUAUGAAGUUCAAUUCAAAGAAGUAAACGAAACUAAGUGGAAAGUGACGGGCCCUUUAUGGUCAACAUCAGUUCCACUCUACUCGUUGAGACUGGAAAAGGAAUAUGAAGUGCGCGUGAGAUCCAGACAACGGAACGUGGAGAAGUACAGCGACUUCAGUGACGUGCUCUACAUAACAUUUCCUCAGAUGAACGCAGUGACGUGUGAAGAAGAUUUCCGGUUUCCAUGGUUCCUAAUUAUUAUCUUUGGAAUAUUUGGAGUAGCAGUGAUGUUAUUUGUAGUGAUUUUUUCAAAACAGCAAAGGAUUAAGAUGCUGAUUUUACCCCCAGUCCCGGUUCCAAAGAUUAAAGGAAUUGAUCCAGAUCUUCUCAAGGAAGGCAAACUGGAGGAGGUGAACACCAUCUUGGGCGUUCAUGACAACUACAAACCUGACUUCUACAAUGAUGAUUCCUGGGUCGAAUUCAUUGAGCUAGAUAUCGAUGACGCAGAUGAAAAGAGUGAAGGGUCAGACACAGACAGACUUCUAAGCAAAGCCCACGAGAAAUCACUCAACAUCCUUGGGGCAAACGACGAUGAUUCUGGGCGCACCAGCUGUUAUGACCCUGACAUUUUGGACACUGAUUUCCACACCAGUGACAUGUGUGAUGGUACCUCAGAGUUGGCUCAGCCACAGCAGUUAAAAGAGGAAGCCGAUCUCUUGUGCCUUGACCAGAAGAAUCUGAAGAACUCGUCUUACGGUGCUUCCCUUGGCUCUCUGCACCCCUGCAUUACCCUAACUGCGGAAGACAAACCACAGCCACUUGUGAGCGGUGAAACUGAGUCAGCCCACCAACCUGCCUCUACACCGAUAAGCAAUCCUGCUUCACUGGCAAACAUCGACUUUUAUGCCCAAGUAAGCGACAUUACACCAGCAGGCAGUGUAGUCCUUUCGCCAGGCCAAAAGAUGAAGGCAGGGAUAGCCCAGUGCAACUCGCAGCCACAGCCAGAAGUGGCUGCGCCCUACCAAGAAAAUCACAGCAUGAACAGUGCCUACUUCUGUGAGUCAGAUGCCAAAAAGUGCAUCGCUGUGGCCCCUCACUCGGAGGUCACGUCAUGUGUAAAGCCAAGCUUUAACCAGGAGGACAUUUACAUCACCACAGAAAGCCUUACCACUACUGCCCGGAUGGAGACCGCAGAGCUUGCUCAGGAUGCCGAGAUGCCUGUCCCAGACUACACCACUGUCCACACCGUGCAGUCUCCCAGGGGCCUUAUACUCAACGCAACCGCUUUGCGUUUGCCUGAGAAAAAGAAGUUCCUCUCCUCGUGUGGCUAUGUGAGCACAGACCAACUGAACAAGAUCAUGCAGUAGCCUUUCCGAUCUUACGAGCAAACAAAUGGCUGGGCAUGAAUGCCUAAACCAAAACCAGGUUUUAAAUCUGUGCUGGGAGAGUGAGAUGGUGUGUGCGGAUUCUAAAAUACUUUUUCUGGAAAUGUUGAAACAUUAUCAUAAAGUGGAAAAUCAAGAAUACUUAAUCAGUUAGAUACUCCCAUUGUGAAUUAUGAAUACUUUAAAGAAUCGUCUCUAAUACUGCUUAGUGGCAGUGAUUGUCUGUAUUGUGGGUCUUAAUUUUGUGAUACUAAGCAUUAAAUAGUUAUGGUUUUCAUGUACGUAAAUCAUGCUUUUUGAAAAAGCAAAACAAUCAGGUGGCUUUUGCAGUUCAGGAAAUUGAAUGCAGAUUAUAUAGCACAGGCUAAUUUCUUUUUCUUUUUUAAAUAACUGGGAACUAAAAUUCUAGGCGAGAAGGUAAGGCUAGUUUGGAUAGGUAAAACACUUAUUUUGACAAAAGAAAUUGAUAAAGAUAUUUUUAAUAAUUUACACUUUAAGCAUGGCUAUUUUAUAAUAUACCACACACAUAUUGUAGUUCACAUGAUUCAUCCAAGGAUGUUAGAAACUACAGUGUAAAGAAUAAUGCUUUGGUUAAUGAACCGAAAGAAAAACAAACAAGUUAGAUUUUUACAAAGCCCUUUUUUAUAACUCCCAAAAUUUCUUAAAUCUAAAAUGUCCAAUAACCUGCAUUAUUGGAACGAAUUCAUUUUAAAGGUUUAAAUGGAUAUUUUUUAAUUGAUGAAACAAAAUUUUUAUACAGAUCAACAUAUCACACACCCAACAAUAACAGACAUGAGAGUUACAAAAAAACCACUUUCUUCACCAAAUUUAAGUUCAAACCACAGGGCUCCACGCUAAGAGAAGCAGAAGGGACAGUGGUCCCCAUCGGUCAGGUUGUGGAAGAGCUGCGGACACACGUGGCGUGGGGUUUUGAGAGCCCAGGGGUUGGGAGAAGAAGGCUCCCACACCUGGGCAGCACUGUCUCUUCAAACACAACUUGGUUUUUGCAGGACCCUAAGAAUUAAUUCGUACGAAAGGAAAGUCACCUGUUGAAGCACAAUGGAUAAAGCUAACCAGGGAACAGAACAGAAAACUGAAGGCCUAGAUCUUUGUUUCACAGCCAGGCACAUACUUCUAACUCAUGGGGGAAAAGGGACAGAAUAAAUGAGUUUCCCGUCACAAAGGACAACUGAGAAUCAAUUAAACAAGUAGCAGAAACUUUGUCAUCAAACCGUUUAUAAGGUGUAUUUUAAAUAGUAAGAAAGGACUCAUCACUUCUUAUUUACCCCCAGGAAGAUUAGUCUCAGACAAGGUAGAAAAACAGCCGAUAUAAAAAUCACUCUUGGACUCCCAAAUAACAUAAACAUAGUUCUUUCAGUUAGCCCCCCCAAGAAGAUGUGUGAGAGAAAGAAGACUCUCAGCCCACUGAAGAAUACGUCUCAUUUUAAAGUAUUUUUUAGAAGCUUGAAACUUUAAAGUUACCUUUAAUUUUAAUGGUAUUUACCAUUUUGCUCAGACCUUUGUAGGGAAACGGGCUUAAUGUUUAGUGGUUUUAAAUUCUCCUUCAUGCAGGAGAGACAGUGACAAUCUAGCAUUGGGUGUUUACGGUUCACUGUGUUAAUUACUUGGUAAUUGAUUUUAAUAGAUCUUUCUGCUACCUUGCUGCUAUGGUUUCUCCAAUGGCUACAUGAUUUAGUUCAUAUGAAAUAUCAUCAACUCAGAAUCUAUUCAGCUUAAAGACGUGUGUUUUGAUGAACUAUCUUACCAUUUCACCAUAGGCUGACCAUGUUUCUCUAGCCAAAAUUAGCUAAAUACCUCAAUCAGUCCCAGAAUGUCAGUUUUGGUACUCUGCUGGUCACACAGCCAUUAUUCACAGUAUGACUAGUUGUGUCCAGCAGUCUGUAUUUAACUUCCUUUUAUGUCUGUGGAUUUUCCCCUUCAAAGUUCAAUAAAUUUAUUUUCUUGGA